ACAAUAACUAAACGCACACUUCAAUCAGCUGUGUAUCAGGCAACAUCUGUCACAUACAUAACCUCCAACUUUUUAUUUAUUUUGAAAAUAGAACAUGAAGUUCUGUGCAAACUUGUCGUUUAUGUUUACGGAAGCAUCGUCGAUGCUCGAAAGAUAUGCAUUGGCUAAGGAAGCUGGAUUCAAAGCAGUUGAAAGCGGUUUUCCCUGGGGUUUGACAGUGGAACAAGUGAAGGACGCAAAGGAAAAAGCCGGCGUAGAACAAGUUUUAAUCAACUUGAAGACUGGAGAUGUUACCAAGGGAGAAUUGGGAGUUACGGCAGUGCCAGGAAAAGAGAAUGAAUUUAAAGAAAACUUUGCCGCCACAGUCAACUACGCCAAGGCUCUGAACGCCAGGAAAAUUCAUAUAAUGGCGGGGAAACUACAGAACGCGACGUCACAAAACUGGGAAACUUAUGAGAACAAUUUAAAGUAUGCAGCCGGUGUGUUGAAGAAUGAGAAUCUCCUUGGUGUCAUUGAGCCAAUAAAUCAAUAUUCCGUGCCCAACUACUUUUUAAGUGAUUUUAAUAAAGCACUGGAUAUCAUCAAGCGCAUCAACAGCCCUAACCUGAAGCUGAUGUUGGAUGUGUUUCACUUGCAACAAAUAUGUGGAGAUAUUUCACACAGCAUUGCUAACUUCAUGCCCUAUGUUGGACAUGUGCAGAUAGCACAAGUACCAAACCGCAAUGAACCAGACACUGCUGGCGAGAUAAACUAUAAGUAUGUACUCGAGCAAAUAGAAACCAAUGGCUACACUGAUUGGAUCGGAUUGGAGUACAAACCACUAAAGAGUUCUAAGGACGGACUCGUUUGGGUCAACAAUUAUGGUUACAGUCUGUGAUACUGAGGAUGACAGAUGAUUAAGAAAAAAAUUUACUAUGUGUAAGACAAAUGAGACCUCAAUAUAAACAAUAAAUGGUUGAAAUUCCAAUGGAGAAUGUAUAAAAUGCUCAAAUUAAAU